GGCCCAACCGGAGAUGCUCGAAAGGGUAUCCCAAUGAAAGAUAACAUCUCCGGCGGUCAAGAUAUCGAAUUCGUUUGUGAUAUCUCCAUCGGUACACCACCUCAAACAUUCCCAAUCGAUCCUGAUACCGGUUCAGCAGAUCUCUGGGUUGUCGACAAGAGCUGUCAAGCAGCAAAUUGCGGUCCUAAUAGCCGUGGAAAAUAUUCACAGAAAAAGAGUUCAAGUUAUGCUCCCAUCCCAAACGCUCCUAAAUUUGAUUUGCAAUAUGCUAUCGGUGAUGUUUCUGGACAGUAUGCAAGAGAGACUGUUGAAUUAGCUGGAGUCACCAUCCAUAAACAAACAAUCGGAUUGGCGAAUCAAACAAGUCCAGAUUGGAAAGAUGAUUUAGCAAGUGGUGUUUUGGGAUUAGGAUUCCGUGCUAUCACUUCAAACAAUCAAAGACCCUUCAUUGAAAACCUAGCAAGUCAAGGUCAUCUGAGAAAGAAGGUGAUCAGUUUUGCUUUCGGUCGUGCUGCUUCAGGAACACAAGGCAAAAGUGAAAUGAUGCUUGGUGGAUCUAACAAGUCCUUAUUCAAGGGAAAGAUUAGUUAUUAUGAUGUCUCACGUGUUGCUUAUUGGCAAACAGGUUUCAAACAAUUUGCUUCCGGCUCAAAUGCUGGUGUUCAAAACAUGGACGGAAUCUUUGAUACCGGUACUUCUCUCAUCGCUGCUCCUUCUCAACAAGCUGCCGCAUUUUGGAAAGACGUUCCAAACUCUCAAUUAUCGAAUGAUGGUACAUUCUACACCUACCCUUGCUCACAACCCAUCAAUGCAAAACUCACAAUGCCAGACGGUCGUUCGUUCAAAUUGAGCGAAAAAGAUUUAAACUUUGGUAAAUCACCAAAUGAUUCAUCAAAAUGUAUCGGUUCGGUCAUUGUUGCAAGUACGCCAGGUCAAAUUAUCUUUGGUCUUUCUGCCCUGAAGAACUUCUAUUCAGUUUUCGAU